AUGCCAUCAUCACAUUCAGCAACUGUGACUGCUCUUGCUACUACUGUUGGUUUUCAGGAUGUAUAUGCUCUUCCUACUGAACAUCCCUUACCUGAUAGCAGACAACUUCGUGAACUUCUUGGGCACAACCCUCCUCAGGUUGCAGCUGGUGCAUUGUUGGGGUUCCUUACAACAACAAUUGUUCACUUAAUCUCUCAAGAUUUAUCAUGUGUUUAUGCGAAAGACCUUCAUGUUAGACUAGCUUGUUUAAAUGUUGCAAAAUGCAUCCCAACAAUAUCCAGCCGGAUUGCCUCAAAUGAUCCCGAAAAGUCGGUGGCUGAAGUGGCUGAGGACCUAUGGGAUCGUUAUGACCAUGAAUUUGGGGCUGAUUAUUCUGGACUCUUUAAAGCUCUUUCUCAUGUGAAUUAUAAUGUUCGUGUGGGUGCUUCUGAUGCAUUAGCUACUAUAUUAGAUGAGUACCCAGAUACGUUACAGGAAUCUCUAGCGACUUUGUUCUCUCUAUAUAUCUGUGAUAGUGGUGUUGGUGAGGAUAUGAUUGAUUCUGGUUGGUUAGGGAGACAAGGGAUUGCAUUGGCUUUACAUACUGCAACUGAUGUACUUAGAACCAAAGACCUUCCGGUUGUUAUGACUUUCUUGAUAUCUCGAGCCUUGGCUGAUACCAAUGCUGAUGUUCGAGGAAGGAUGAUUAAUGUUGGUAUCAUGAUCAUUGACAAGCAUGGAAAAGAUAAUGUCUCACUUUUAUUUCCAAUAUUUGAAAAUUACUCAAACAAAAAGACCGGAAUGGUGGUUUCUCUUGCAGCAUGCUACGAAUGUAGCAGUUGGAACUUGGAAUGGUAUGUAAUGAAUGUGUAG